AUGAAUUUUAAUAAUAGAGAUCCUUCUAAUUUGUCAUCAUCAUUUUCUGAUAAUGAAAUUGAAGAUGAACAAUUGAUAGAUGAUAUUAAAGCGAUUGAUGCAGAAAGGGAAGCAGUGUUUCGCAUCAGGAACAACAACAAUCUUCUCAUGGCUUACUUUAUCAAUCAACAAAACAACCAAGUAAUUCGUGGAGGCUCAAUUCCUGGUCAUAUAGUGAUCAACCGUGAUCGAGAAAAUGUUGAUCCUGUGUUCCGAAUGUUGGCAUAUGGUCUACCAGCGGAUGCUACUGAUGAAUACAUUAAAAUAGGAGAGUCGACAGCAAUCGAAAGUUUAAAGAGAUUUUGUCGUGCUGUUGUGGAGGUUUUUGCAGAACAAUAUCUGAGAUUGCUUAACGCUAAUAACAUUGCCAGACUACUACAUAUUGCUAAACAACGAGGUCGUAGUGGAUCCCCAACUAUUAUUCUGGAGGCCGUAGCUGAUUAUGAUCUUUGGAUAUGGCAUGCAUAUUUUGGUUUGCCAGGUUCUAAUAAUGACAUUAAUGUUUUAGAGGCAUCUCAUCUUUUUGCAAAACUCGCUGAAGGUAUUGCUCCUCUUGCUCAUUAUGUCAUUCAAGGACUAGCUCGUUUUUGGAAAAAAGAAGUAUUACAUGAUAUAAUGACUGCAUGCAUUAUUAUGCACAACAUGAUAAUUAAGGAUGGACGUGAUCUUAAUGCUACAAUUGAAAAUUGGAAGGAAGCGCCAGUUCCGGACGUAGAGAUGGUUGUAGAUGAAAAUGCUCGGUUUGAAAGAUUUCUGGCUCGUCAUCGACAAAUCAAGAAUAAAGAAGCUCAUAUUGCACUUCGAGAUGCAUUAAUUGAUCAUUUGAUGGAUGAAUAUACUAAUUCGGAGACUUAG